UAUUGGAUUGUUAUACAACUGAACUCUUUUCUGUAAAGUCAAAUUUUUAGUCCUCUUUUUCCCUUUACUACUGCCACUUUUUUUGUUAUUUCAGUUAUAGACACAGAGAAACUGAGUUUGCAUAUAAAGGCUUUUUAUCAGUCAUCAAAUUCUCAAUUAUAUUCUCUGGCACUCAGCGUCUUUUUUUCUGUUUAUUAUUUCUGAAUUCCAUUUCUUAGGAAAAUGGAAAUGAAAAAGUCCAUUGUUGUUGUAUCUCUUAUUGUUCCUCUCCUGUUUUUGGUUCCACUUUUUAAUGGAGGAAUUGGAACAGCCAUUGCUGCCAGAAAUCAAGAUGCUUCAGAAUCAUGGGGUUAUGUUGAAGUUAGACCUAAAGCCCACAUGUUCUGGUGGUAUUACAGAAGUCCAUACAGAGUUGAAGAUCCAAAUAAGCCAUGGCCAAUAAUACUAUGGUUACAGGGUGGACCAGGAGCAUCAGGAGUUGGAAUUGGUAACUUUCAAGAAGUUGGGCCACUUGACACUAAUCUGAAACCUAGGAAUUCAACUUGGUUGAGAAAAGCUGAUCUUCUCUUUGUAGAUAAUCCAGUUGGAACAGGAUAUAGUUUUGUGGAAGACAAUAAGCUAUUUGUGAAGACAGAUGUGGAGGCAGCAACAGAUUUGACAACACUAUUAAUUGAAAUUUUUAAUAGAAAUCAGAGCCUACAACAGAGCCCUUUAUAUAUAGUAGCAGAGUCCUAUGGAGGAAAAUAUGCUGUUACUCUUGCACUUUCUGCCCUUAAAGCCAUAGAAUCUGGCAAAUUGAAGCUCAAACUUGGAGGAGUGGCAUUGGGUGAUAGUUGGAUCUCACCUGAAGAUUUUGUGUUUUCAUGGGGUCCUCUUCUGAAAGAUGUGUCAAGAAUUGAUGGGAAUGGCCUACAAAAAUCAAACAGUGUAGCACUAAAAAUAAAGCAGCAAAUUAGUGCUGGCCAAUAUGAAGCUGCAACAAAUUCAUGGAGAGAUCUGGAAAACAUCAUAAGCGAUAAUAGUAAUUCCGUGGAUUUCUACAAUUUCAUGUUGGAUUCAGGAAUGGACCCUUUAUCUUUAACAGCUUCUGAAUUAUCACAAGGAAUUUCAAUGAAGAGAUAUUCAAGAUAUUUGCAAUCUUCGAAAUUUACUCCUGGUAGUGAUGUUGAUCUCGACAGCUUAAUGAAUGGUGCUGUCAAAAAGAAAUUGAAAAUUAUUCCACAAAAUGUUCAAUGGGGAGGACAGUCUGAUUCUGUUUUUAAUGCCAUGUAUGGUGAUUUUAUGAAGCCAAGAAUUGAUGAGGUUGAUGAAUUAUUGGCCAAAGGAGUGAAUGUGACAGUAUAUAAUGGGCAACUUGAUCUCAUUUGCGCAACCAAGGGAACAGAAGCAUGGGUUGAGAAGCUAAAGUGGGAAGGGCUGAAAACUUUCUUGAAAAUGGAAAGAAGUCCAAUUUAUUGUAAGGGUGACAAAAGUACAAAGGCUUUCACAAAGUCUUACAAGAACCUGCGCUUUUACUGGAUUCUUGGAGCUGGCCAUUUUGUUCCAGUUGAUCAACCUUGUGUGGCAUUAGAUAUGGUUGCCAGCAUCACGCAAUCACCAGCAGUUUCAAAAUGAAUAGUAAUAUACAAAAAUCAGGAGAGAAAAUGGUGUCAGAAUUGUACGAAAGCAAACAAUUCCAACAAUUAAAAAUGAACAAUAACGUGUACCCGAAGAAGAUUUAUAGGUGGGAGAUGUAACCAAAAAAAAAGAAAGAAAGGAGAAUGAGCUUGAAUUUGUGUUAAGAAAUUGAUUUUUUUUUUCUUUCAAGAAAGUAUUAUUAUUUGUACAGUUCCAUCUAAUUAAUUUUCAAGUGGUCUUUCGUUUCUUU